AUGAGACAGCAGGCGCUCAUUCCGUCCGGGUGCCAGCAGCGCAGCUCAAACGUUGCCACCCACAAUGGCAAAUUCGCAUUCUCCUCCACCAUGGCUAUUUAUGUUUAUUCAUUACAAUCCAAGGAGCCGAGGCUUCAAAAGAUACUCGCACAGUCUGGAAAAUGCUUCUCUGCCAUCUGCUGGAAUCCGAACGAAGCAGACCAGUUGGCGUGCGCGACAACAGAUUCGGUGAUCAGAAAGUACAGCAUCGAAAAGGAGGUACCCACAUCAUGGACGCAGGUGCCUACCCGAUGCACUGUGGGGCAGCUGGAAUGGUUCAGACCUGUACCACUGGCUCGAUGGGCCUGCAUCACAGCCCGGAGGAUGGGCCACCGCGUUGCACAAGUUCAAGGCAGACAUCACAUGCUUCAGGCAGACGGCCGUCGAAGUCGCAACAAUAGUCGUCGCAACAAAGUCGAAUGCCGUCCUGGUCCUCAGCAGAGCAGGCGAGAGGACGGAAAUCAGAAACCAGCUCUCUCUUGA